AAAGCUAUCUAUUUUUCGCACAAUGUUCCGAUUUAAAUUGUAUUUCCAGCUAAUCAUCUGCAGAUAAUAGGAUUGAUAAAGGCUAUUCACUCCCAUAUAAAACUCAUCGUUAAACAAAUAAAUUAUCAAAAUCGGAAUAAGGAGUUAAUGUAGAUGCGCUUGCGAAUUGACUAGCUUCAUCCUCUCGCCCCUUUUCCUUUCUUUCUGUAACCUUUCUAUCUUUCCCUUACUUUCUCCCUCCCAUACUUCCCUCUCUCACCUUUCUCUUUCUAUCUGGUUCCUUAACUCAAUUUUAUAACCUCAGAAUUGGUAACAAUUUUUUUACACUUCAUUAAUACCUUCAACUUUGACUUUUAACCAUUCCUUGAGCUAUCAUAAGCCAGUGAAAAUCAAUAAUCAAAAGUUACUGACGGUUAAUUUAAAUCAUUCCAUGUUUAAAUAAGUCCAUUUUCAACGGCAAAAUUUUCAUCUUAAUUUAUUGAUUUUUCCUCUCAGUCUCACUGCUACUGUCAUUUCCAUAUAAAUCAACCUUUUCCUAACCUUGUUCAUUCUGAUCAACAUUUCCUUCGGUUGUCCUGUGUAAAUCAAUUAAACACUUGGCUUCUUCAUCUUAAAUCAACCAGCAACAAAAACUUGUUUGAAAACCUCUUUUCUUGUUCUCUCACUGUUCAACCUGGUCCUACUCGUUUCCGUCAUCACUCAAAGCAUCGCUUCAUAAAAAUCAUCAUGAUCAGUCCUGGAGAUGGUCCUAUUCAACAGCAACAAGGCAUUUGGUGGGUUGACUCGUGGAGAUCGCAAAUAGUUACCGGUUUAUCAUUACUUCAAGUUGUGUUUGGGAUAAUCACUUCAAUCUCCAUUUUGUCUCCACUGUGUAUUCCUGCAGGACUCCUUCAAGUUGGAGCUGCUAUAGUUGUACUUGCAAUUGAAGCUCCUAGUUUUGUAACAUUCAUCCGAUUUGCCCAACCAAUCGGCAUUUUCUUCGAGGAUAAACCAUUAUGGAUCAAAUGUGCAGCCUACGCUGGUCUGGCUAUCAUUCCCUGUCUUUUCGGUUGUUUUGGUCUCUUUUUCUUAUUGGGAUUCCUCACUUCUCUGGGAAGCGCAUCAGUUUAUGGGCUACUUCUAAUUGGACGUAAAGCUUCACGAGAUGAUAUGCGAUUCCAAGCUGCUGGAUCACCCACUGGUGGACCAUACUCACCAACAUCUCCUUAAAUUUCAAGCAUACCAUUUCAUCUCUAGCUCUAUUUAAAAAUGAUUGUGAUGAUCUUGGUUGAACCAGGAAAAUUGAAAUCAACUUACAAACUAUUCGAGUAUCACUACGAACACAAUCACCACACCAUACAAUAUCUAUUAUCUUUCAAUUAUUUUUUUUCCUUUGUCUCUUGUGGAGGUUUGAUAAUCUAUCAUUUUCAUCAGUUCUUGUUUAUGUCGAGCAAUCAAGAAGGUCAAUCCAGAUAAAAGCAGAUAAAUAGGCAAAAUCAAUGCAAAGACAAAGCAAACAAUAUCAAGAGUAUGUAAUUUCAACAACUGCUCAAUGGACUGACGGUGCUCAUCAUUCUUGUUUGUACAUAUGUUAGUCUUUCAUCAUUUCAAUUAUUUCAUCGAAAUCGAUUUUUUGACGUGUUUCCAAACGUGUGCUUUUCAAUUUUCAUUGGAAAUGGAUCAAUAUACAAUAUCCUCAACUGUUUUUUUGCAGAUUUUCUAGUGAACUGUAAUUGAACAAAUUAAAGUUAUUAAGGAAUUGA